AGCGUGCGUCAGCGUGCGUCAGCGCGUACCCCGCCUGGGCGGGGGCUCAGGACGCCGGAGCCGCGUCUCCGGGGAUCGCCGCCGUUCGGGCUCACGGGAGGGCGUCGGCCGUCGCGCCGUUUCCGCGCGUGCUGCGCCGGCCCCGCGAUUAACAGCCUUGAAGAGUCUACUUUUUUCCCCCUCGUUUCUUUCCCCGGCAGUAAUAAAUCCCAUUUUGGAGAGAACCAGAAACUUUAUAAAGGGAUAUAGCUUGAAUUUUGUGGAGUGUAAUUUUGUGUAUGAAUUAUAGUUUUAAAAUAUCAAGGGUUUUCAGAAGGAAGGCUAGUAGGGUUAAUUAUUGGUAUAUGGUGCAUAAACAAUUCUGUCCAUAAAAUAUUAUGCAUAGAUAACACUAGGAAGGAUAAGUUGUAUCUUGAUAAGUUGAUUUAUCUGUACAAAAUGAAUGAUUUAGAUACAUGAUUUUUAAAGAUAGGCUAUUUAAUUUUUAAACGCAGUGUUAAAGUUCCUGUUGUGGAAAUUUUAUGGUUAAAUAGUUUGGAGAAAAUACCUUCAGUUGAUCAAGUAUUAUCGGUAUGCAGAAUGAGGAAGAAAGACAAAUCAUGAUGCUGCAGGAAAUGGAAACAAAUACCGACAAUAUUUAACAGAGGUGGAAGAGGUAGCAGUUAGCUUGAAGCAAAAUCUGACAUCAUACACACUAAAACAGGUGUAGGUUCAGCAAAGCUUGUGGGUGCUGAUAUCCUCAAAAGUUGUUUCUGAAGCUAGUACAACCCAUUUAAGUAGAUACUGUGGUGAUAACCUGUGUGCAACUGGCCUUUAGAUAAUAUGACCAUAUGAAGACUUUAAUUCUUGUUUGCUAGAAUAAAACAAGAUUUUUGAAUGGGCUUGAAAGAAACCUGCAUAUAGUUUUUCCCACUUGUAGCAUAAUCAGUAAUUGGCUUGAUAAACAGGCUUUGUAGCUUGUAACUAAAAGCAUAUUGAAGGCAUAAUUUAGGUACCCUAUAAUUAUUUAGAAUUUUGGGAAUAUCAACCUCCUCGAAAAAUCAAGCAGUUUUAACAUAUUUCAGUAAGUGUGCCAAUUUCUUUCAGGCCUUUAUGUUAGUAUUACACCAAAUAAUGAGCAAUUAGCCCUUGAGUUACAUAAGAGUUAAUAUAAUCCGAAACAGUACUAGAUGGUAUCUUGGUAAUUUAGGACAGAUACUCGUCCCACCUGAGUGUAAACUCAGCAUAAAUCCCAUAAGGAAGGUGUAGUGAAUUUUACAUAAGUAGAAGCCUAUCGUUUGAUUCUUUUAUGUGGUCAAAAACUAAAAUCGUGUGAAGAUAGAAAUUUCAGGUGAAAGUUUUUGGACAUUAAAAAGUAAAAUCACUCAUGCACAAAACUACUUCCCAAAGACUUGUCCCAGGUUCUUCAUGUCAGAGAAUUAAGAGGACCAUGGAAGAUAGCACGAUCUUAUCAAAUCAGACAGUUGGCAACAAACAAAAAAUAAAAUACGACUUUUCAUGUGAACUCUAUAGAAUGUCUACAUACUCAACGUUCCCCGCCGGCGUCCCCGUCUCAGAGAGGAGUCUGGCCCGGGCGGGGUUUUACUACACUGGUGUGAACGACAAGGUCAAGUGCUUCUGCUGUGGCCUGAUGCUGGACAACUGGAAGCCUGGAGACAACCCUAUUGAAAAGCACAAACAGCUCUACCCCAGCUGUAGUUUUAUUCACAGUCUGGUUACUCUUACUAGCCGGGAUUCCACCUUUAAGAAUCCUUCUCCAACGAGGCACACUCUCACACAUUCAUUAUCUCCCACUUUGGAACAUGGUGGCUCAUUCAGUGGUUCUCAUUCCAGCCUUGCACCAAACCCUGUUAAUCCUAGAGCAGUCGAAGACUUCUCCCCAUUGAGGACUAACCCCUACAGUUACGCGAUGAGUACUGAAGAAGCCAGGUUUCUCACUUACCACAUGUGGCCGUUAACCUUUUUGUCACCAUCAGACCUGGCGAGAGCUGGCUUUUAUUAUAUAGGACCCGGAGACAAGGUAGCCUGCUUUGCCUGCGGUGGGACCCUGAGUAACUGGGAACCAAAGGAUGAUGCGAUGUCGGAACACCGCAGACAUUUCCCCAACUGCCCAUUUUUGGAAAAUUCUCUGGAGACGCUGAGGUUUAGCAUUUCAAAUAUGAGCAUGCAGACACAUGCAGCUCGACUGAGGACGUUUAUGUACUGGCCGUCCAGUGUACCCGUUCGGCCUGAGCAGCUUGCAAGUGCUGGUUUCUAUUACGUGGGUCGCAAUGAUGAUGUCAAAUGCUUUUGUUGUGAUGGUGGCUUAAGGUGUUGGGAAUCUGGAGAUGACCCGUGGGUGGAGCACGCCAAGUGGUUUCCAAGGUGUGAGUUCUUGAUACGCAUGAAAGGGCAGGACUUUGUUGAUGAGAUUCAAGCUCGGUACCCUCACCUUCUUGAGCAGCUUUUGUCAACAUCAGAUACUUCUGGAGAUGAAAAUGCUGAUCCACCAAUUGUCCAUUUUGGCCCUGGAGAAGGUUCUUCAGAAGAUGCAGUCAUGAUGAACACCCCCGUGGUGAAGGCCGCCUUGGAGAUGGGCUUCAGUCGAAGCCUGGUGAGGCAGACGGUGCAGAGUAAGAUCCUGACCACUGGGGAGAAUUACAGAACCGUUAACGAUAUUGUGUUAGCGCUUCUUAAUGCUGAAGAUGAGACCCGAGAAGAAGAGAAGGAACAACAAACUGAAGAAAUGGCAUCAGAUGAUUUGUCAUUAAUUCGGAGGAAUAGAAUGGCUCUCUUUCAACAGUUGACUUGUGUGCUUCCUAUCCUGGAUAAUCUUUUAAAGGCCAAUGUAAUCAAUAAACAGGAACACGAUAUCAUUAAGCAAAAAACACAGAUACCUUUGCAAGCAAGAGAACUGAUUGAUACCGUUUUAGUUAAAGGAAACACUGCUGCCAACAUCUUCAAAAGUUGUUUAAAAGAAAUUGACUCUACGUUAUAUAAGAAGUUAUUUGUGGACAAGAACAUGAAGUAUAUUCCAACUGAAGAUGUUUCAGGUCUGUCGCUGGAAGAGCAGUUGAGGAGGCUGCAGGAAGAGAGGACGUGUAAAGUGUGCAUGGACAAAGAAGUUUCCAUAGUGUUCAUUCCGUGUGGCCACCUGGUCGUGUGCCAGGAAUGUGCCCCCUCUCUGAGAAAAUGCCCCAUCUGCAGGGGGGUAAUUAAGGGCACCGUUCGUACCUUUCUCUCAUAAAGGUCCUUAGCACAUUGUUGAACACGUGAAGCUGUCUGAAGUAUAAAAGAAUUAUUGGUUCUUUAAUUAGGACAUUUGUGUUGUAUUCUGCUUUGCUACUAGUGAUCUUGAUUCAGAACAUUAGUAUCCUGUGCCCUAAUCUUUGUUUAGGCGAAGGGGGGGUUUGUGUGUGAUGGGCUGUGUUAGUGUGCGUGUGCGAGUUCGGGGGAGGUUACGGGGGAGCCUCAGUGCCCUGAGGUGUCCUGUCGGAAGGGCCUGGGUUUGGUGUUCCUUCUGGAAGCUUUGAGCACGACCUGAGAGUGUGCAGUUGACAAGACUUGGACACCGGGCGGGACCACUGGAGUUUACCACACUUACCGUGCCAAAUUCUCUUUGAUGUUUUUCCACUUGUGUUUUAAAAUAAGGACUUCUUUCUUACUGGUCAAUAAGCUUUUCCCUAAUUUGUGAGAACCUCUUAAUAAAAUUCUUUAAAAAGA